AUGUAUGUCUAUAAGGAUCUGAUUUCCGGCGACCCGCUGCUAUCCAGCCAUUAUCGCACCAAGGAGAUCCAGAAUGGUGAGAGCCAGUGGGUGGAAAAGGGUGGCGAGGACGAGGCUGUGGAGGGUGAGCCCGAGAAGGUUGUUGAUAUUGUCAACUCCUUCAAACUACAGGAACUACCAGUGUUUGACAAGCGGGCCCUCGGCGAUUACCUGAAGACUUACACUCGGAAGCUCGCCGAGCUGAUUCCUCAUGAGAGGCAACGGGAAUUUAGGGCCGGGUCGUCCGGUGCUGCCCAAUGGCUCAUCUCCAAGAUCGAUGACCUGAAUUUCUUUGCUGGUGAGAGCAUGAACGUAGAUGACUUGGACGGCUCAGUCGUUUAUGCUUACCACAAGGAUGGUGCUGCCAACCUCACCUUUAUUUAUUUCAAGGAUGGUCUGAAGAAGGAUGACUACUUCUAG